AUGACCGGGUGGCGUUGGGCACAGUACUUCCUGCUCUCGUUCCUGGCCGUGGUGGUGCUGGGUGUCGGUUCCGUACUAGGUUACGCGUUUCGCGAGCGCAUUGCACUCGGAUUGCAGGAUCAGAUGUAUGAGAGUCUGGAUAUGUAUGGGCGACGCCGGCUGACGACCGUUUCGUGGGACAUGACGCAGGAAGACUUGCAUUGCUGCGGAGUGGAGGACUAUCGUGAUUGGAGCGAGCGUAUUCCGGAUUCGUGCUGUAUGGAUGAUUACGGCGCCCGGAAGCGACCUUGUCAGCAGUUGCAGACCUCACUUACGAUCUACCGGAUCGGGUGCUAUGAAGCGAUCACGCAAUCAUUGGUGCGAAACAGUUUGUUGUUGGGUGGUGCGACAUUGUUGCUGCUCUUGGUAAUCGUACCGGCGACAGUUUUGGCCUACUACAUGCUAACAACCAUAUAG